AUGAGUAGCGGUGGGGCAGUUGGCAAUAUUGGACUCACGGCCGUACUCGCCGGUUUCGCGGUGGUACUCUCCGCCGUUACAUUCAUUGCAAAUAAACGCCGCUCCAACGAAACACACACGUCCUGUCCACUCGGAACCUCCGGUGGCUCAACCAACACAACCACAACGAACAGCAGUAAUCGUAAUAACAACAAAAAUAAUAAUCAUAAUCAUAACAUCACAGCAGGCAAAAAAAGUGGAUCUAUAUCGGGAGUAGGAGCAGGACCCAAGUCCUACUAUGCAGUGCGGGCGGAGCGUCAUGUGCGUCCACACAGUGGAACAGCUGUGGAAUGGCGUGAUGAUGUAUUAGGUGUGCGUAUGCUCUUCUCGCCUAUACUCUUCGCUGUGGAGACGGAAGAACGACAAGCCCCAUUGGUGCUUGUGGGAUUGCGGUACUUACGUCAACCUGAACACCGUGUGGCAAUCACUAUAGAGGAAUGUAUACUUCCACCCCUUCCACCUUCUACACCUCUCCCUGGUGUGGCUCCUACAAUGGCAAUGGCAAUGGCCAUAACGGCGACCACAACUACAUCACCAGCUAUGGCUGGUAAUACAGCUGCUGCUAAUAUCAAUACUGCUGCUACCAAUACUACAGUGGCAACAUCAUCGACGACGACUACUGCUACUACUGGUGGUAAUAGUAGUAGUGGUGGUACCAGAAUUAGUACGGGUGCUGCUGCUGUUGGCACUAGUAGUAGUAGUAGUAGUACUAAUAUUACUAGUGCUGGUACUGCUGUUAUGCCUACUAUUGCUACCGUUGUUGGUACUACUAAUACUACUAAUACUAUUACUACUACUACUACGGCUGGUACUACUACAGGCCCUACGGCUUCCACCAUUAUUAAUCCUGCGGCUACUCCAACCCCGACUAUGACUACGGGUGUGAGUGCUGCCAACAACAGUGGAUCCAAUCCCAGUAUCACUACACCAGCGGAAGAGUAUCGUGAGAAUAGUCUUGCACGUAUUCGUGAUUGUGCCAAAUUACUUUCCUGCGGCACGACUCGCAUUGGCAGUACCUCCCACCCCUGUGCGGAGUAUUGCUAUAUGGAUAGCAACAACCGACUGCGCUACGCCCUUUCAGUCUUUCUUACACACGGAAGGUUAGCAAUCACAGCACAGUACAUUGCCGAUACACGUGUGAAGGGUGUAUUGCCAACAGCAUUUAAUGAAAUUGUGCGUUCUAUUCAAUUCUACACACCGCGGCCCACACCAUCGUAUUUACUCUGCACAGAGCCACGCCUUGGACUUGGUUUUCGUCUCCCACUUGACUUUGUGCUGGACGAACAACUGCGUGAGAGUAUCACGGCAACGGAUGACACUCUAAUGAGUGCCGUCUGUGAGGAUGAAGAGAGGGAUGUUGUUGUUGGUGGUGGAAUGGACGCCUUACGUGGAGAGAUGUUGUCUAAUGACUUUGUCUCUGGACCUUUCACCCCACAGGACUGGCAGAGACACGGUGGUAAUAAUAAUAAUAAUAAUAAUAAUAAUAAUAAUAACAAUGGUAGUAGUAGUGGUGGUGGUGAAAGUGUGCCGUUUGCGGCUGUUAUUGGCCGUGGAUUGCGUCGCAUGGUUGUGGUUGCGAGUUAUGAGUUAUUCCCACGAGGACAUCUCUCUUGGCAGCCACUCUUUGAACGUCAUCUCCGCACAACCCUGGAGCGAUUCUCUGUUGUAUUCCCACCGUUCACAACAGGAGGAAGAAGAGGGGGAUUUCCCCUUACGACUGUGUGGUCUGAGAAGACACCACCGCAGGAAGUGUAUGAUAAAAGUACGACAUUUAUUGUUCGACCACAGCAACUCUUUGUGCCUAUUCAUGGUGAUAGUGCUGUGGAUGGCAAUGCGGGUGAUGGAACAGCUGCUGCUGGUGGGAUGGGGAGUGGAAGUGGAAGUGUAUUAAUGCUGGAUGGUGCCUUUUGUGUUCAGGAGGUCUGUCUUGAUCCCGAUAGUGUUUGGGCCAUGUACCUGCGUGAUACAGAACCAAAACAACAACAACAGCAACAGGGAUAUAGGGAUGAUAGUGGAACAGGUGUUGGUGGUAUUCCUCAUAACUAUAAUAAUAAUAAUAAUAAUAAUAAUAAUAAUAAUAAUAAUAAUAAUAAUAAUAAUAGCAGUGGCAAUAGCAAGAGUCAUGUUAAUCAUGGUAAUACCACUAUGAGCACGAGUGAUAAUAAUAAUAAUAAUAAGACUUCAUGUAGAGAAACAGGGAAAAGUAUUGUAACAGCGUAUAUGAGUUUCUUCUUUCUGCGUAUUCGUGAUGCGUAUGUGUCCUUUGGCUUUCUUUCCUCCACAACACGACACACAUUGGAGGAAUUCAUCACCUUCUGCCGCCGUACACUUGACACCGUGUCGGUUGGUAAUCACUAUGGACAAGGCACUUCACUCAUUUACUGCAAUACACGCCAUGAAGUGAUGCCAUUUCAAAUUCUACUGGAUCCCGUACGUAUGGAAGGCAUCACAACAACAACAACAACCGCAGCAGUUGUGGUGGAAGAGACAACAGUGGGCGAUCCACUGGCGGUUAUUCACAUUGGUGGAAUGGAACGUAUUACGAUCUUACUACGUGUAUUUCCCUGCCCAGGUGUAUCUCAAUCUCAAUCCCAACCUCAAUUACAAUUACAACAACAACAACAGCGAAAGUCUAUUCCAGCAGUGGCAUCAUUGCUAGAGCGUGUGGUACAGAACUACCUCACACAACUACCAGAGCGUGUCUGUGUCCAUCACUGGGAAACAAGCACCAUUGGUUCCCGCACGGUAUUAGAGAUUCACUAUGAACAAGUCAUGGAUGAAGACGAUAGUGAUGCCGAGUCCCUCACAUUAGAUGAAGAAGUUGGAAAUAUUAAUCCAUUCGCCCGCUACUGUUCUCUCUGCUGCUGUUCCUCCGCCUGUUGUGGCUGCGGGGAUAUACCACCACCCCCAGCCACACCUCCUACAGCCACACCACCACCACCACCACCAUCAUCUUCACAAUCUCAAUUAUCAUCUGUAUUGCCAUUGACUGUACUUUCUUCUUCCUCCUUCACUGCUGCUGCUGCUGCUGCUGCUAACACCACAACAGCAAAUUCUACGCCGCAUUCGACGAAUUCACUGCGGAUGCUGCGACGAUCACCAUCGCGUGAUUCCCGCGAAGAUGUUGCAACGAUACGUGUGGCUGUUGUGGUUUGCUGUGGGGGAUGUGCGUUUCUGUUUCUCGCGUCGUCUACAUUAGAGCAGCUUAGUGUUGUGCGGCGUACCGUUCGCCAACUCGCUGCUAAUCUAUCUGUUAUGGCAGAUACUACCAUGUAG